UGCUUAGUGCAGGCAGGGAUGUGCUUGCUCCUUCCAUCCGGCCAAUGAUAAAGUCCCUGAGCAGCAGCAGUAGCAAUAACAGUAUCAGCAGCAGCAGCAGCAAAGGCAGAGUGCCUGGGAUACUGCCUCGUCACCAGAAGACAGGAGAACACAAGCUGUGGAUGUAAGAGGAACCAUCUCUCAGAAUGUUCAGCACCAGAAGGUUGAAGAAAAAGUCACAGUCAGUGGACAUUGAGGCACCAGGGUAUAACCCUCUAUCAGAAACGUCAGCACCACAAGCAAGUCGAGUGCCACCACCCAUUGUCAAGGCCGUUUCGGAGGAAGAACAUCACAACUCAGCUAAUGCUCAGAAACGUCAUGCCAGAAGGGGUGAUCUCAAGAGAUGCUACACCAUCGACACCGGACAGAGAAAAACCCUGGAGAAGAAAGAUGGGCGCCGGAUGUCCUUCCAGAGACCCAAAGGAACCAUGGAAUACACCGUUGAGUCCCGAGACUCCUUAAACAGCAUUGCUCUGAAGUUUGACACAACGCCAAAUGAGCUGGUCCAGUUAAAUAAACUCUUCUCCCGAGCUGUUGUCCCCGGACAGCUUUUGUAUGUACCUGAUCCAGACUACAUUUCCAGUGUGGAAAGUUCUCCUUCCCUGAGUCCUAUUAGCCUUUUAUCACCAACAUCAUCAGAAGCUGAAUUUGAGAAGCGUACUGAUACAGAACGCAUGCCCCAUAAAGAGUCUACUUCCUCCCCUGCAUACUCUACUACACGUCAAUCCAGAGUGGUGUCCUCUACAUCUGAAGAAGAAGAAGCCUUUACCGAGAAAUUCUUGAAAAUUAACUGCAAGUACAUCACUGAUGGAAAGGGAAUAGUCACUGGUGUCCUCCUUGUUACACCAAACAACAUCAUGUUUGAUCCUCAUAAGAACGAUCUCUUGGUGCAGGAAAAUGGAUGUGAAGAGUAUGGUAUUAUGUGCCCAAUGGAAGAGGUGACUUCAGCGGCCAUGCAUAAAGAAAUUGUCAAUAGCAAACUAAAGGAUUCAAUUCCUGUAGAUGUAGAUCAGCUGUCAUGUAUGAGAGAGUUCUGUCAUUUUAAGAAAAUUUCGCCAGGUAAUUUGCAUGACCUUGAUUCGAAAAUGUGGGAUGCAGGGAAUGACAGUGCCAGUACUGCUCCCAGAAGCACAGAGGAGUCCCUUUCUGAAGAUGUAUUUACAGAAUCAGAACUUUCUCCUAUAAGAGAAGAACAUCUUUCCUCUGAUGAACUAAGACAGGACAAAUCUUCAGGAACAUCGUCAGAAUCUGUCCAAACCAUAAACCAAAAUAUUAGCGAGUGUUCAGUAAAUAUUUCAGACUGUGCCGAUGCUUCAGAUGAUGUCAAAGGCAGCCUGGAACCAUCUGGGAAUGACAGCGGCAUUGUCAGUUCUAUCAAUGAUUUAGAAAGGAGUGAAUCGUCCAUGUAUGUAGGUGAUGGCUUGGAUAAGGACAUUUCUGAAUCCAGUAUAGUACUUACAGAAGCAAAUGAGGGGCAAGCAGAAAGCAAAGGUUCUAAAAACAAUUGUAAUGAUGGAAAUCUUGCAGACAACCAAACUGGCGACCAGAACCAUUCUAGAGAAGCAGCUGUUGUGGGAAACCACCGACAUGAAGCACUUCAGGAAAAAACCCUAAAACAGUCAUUCGGAGAUUCUGAAACUGAAGCAGAGGAGCUGCGAAAAUUCUGGAAAGACCUCACUAUGCAACAAGCCAAGCAGCAAAGGGAAGACAUGCAGCACACCACACAGAAAGAAAUCAAGGGAAAAAUGCCAACGGCUGAAACCCAUAUAGAAGGGGUUUGUUCAUCUGUUGCCAAAGAAAAGAGACGCCAUCGUACUCAUCGGUACUUGUGCUUGAGAGUGGGGAAGCCAAUGAGGAAAACCUUUGUGUCUCAAGCAAGUGCAUCCAUGCAGCAGUAUGCUCAGCGAGACAAGCUGGAAUACUGGUUUGCUGUUCCACAUGAAAGGUCUGACCACCUAUACUCGUUUUUCAUCCAGUGGAGUCCAGAUCUAUAUGCCGAAGAACUGGGGGAGUCUGCCAGAGAGCCAGGGUUUGUAGUGGUGAAGAAGAACGAGGAAGGUGAAAGCUCUGACCGUUCCACGAAUGAUUCCGCAUCCAGACUCUGGGAGGUAGUAUCUGUGGCAGAGUACCACCGCAGGAUCGAUGCGCUAAAUACUGAAGAACUGCGCACUCUCUGCAGACGUCUCAAGAUCACGACAAGAGAAGACGUGAACUCGAAGCAAGCCACAAACAUUAAGCAUGAUCAGGAGCCGGAAUCUUUUCGACCAAAUCUCAGUGAUCCCAGUUCUCUUUUGCAGACUGAACAAAUUGAAAAGCUGACAAAGCACCUUCCACCUCGGACUAUAGGCUAUCCAUGGACGCUUGUUUAUAGUACUGCAAAACAUGGCAUGAGCUUGAAAACACUGUACAGACUGAUGCUUGGGUUGGACACUCCAGUACUCUUGGUCAUUAAAGACAGUGAUUCACAGAUUUUUGGCGCUUUAGCAUCAGAACCAUUUAAAGUGAGUGACUGCUUUUAUGGCACCGGAGAGACCUUUCUAUUUACCUUCUGCCCAGAUUUCGAGGUCUUUAAAUGGACCGGAGACAAUAUGUUCUUUAUCAAAGGCGAUAUGGACUCGUUAGCGUUUGGAGGGGGAGGGGGAGAAUUUGCUCUUUGGUUGGAUGGAGAUCUUUACCAUGGAAGAAGUCAUACAUGUAAAACAUUUGGAAAUUCUAUACUUUCUAAGAAAGAAGACUUCAUAGUUCAAGAUAUUGAAAUUUGGGCAUUUGAGUAAAUAUGUAUGUAUAUAUUUAUAUAUGAAAAAGAAAAAAAGUGUUUCUUGAUGGAAUAUUUCUUAAUCACUGUACAGGAGUGAAACAUUUUGAAGACUGUGUUCUGCAGCUUAAUAUAUACAGUUUAUGAUAUUUCUAUUUUUUUGUUAAAAAUUAACCAUAGUUAUUUUCAUUUUCAGCAGCUAAAUCUAUUUUCAGACGUUCGUAUGGGGCGAACCUGCGACUGUACAUGUUCUAUGUUGUUUUUCUGUACUAACUAAACGGUGAAAAAUGUUAUGAAAGGUAACACCUAAUAAAUGAUGAGAAAUUUUAUGAAAGGUAACCUAGUUCCAAGGAUUUCUGUGGGGUUUCUCCAGGUUACGAGCUUCACAUUUGAAUCGGAUGCUGCAUUUAAAAACAACCAGGAAUGCACUCUAGAAAGAUUUUAAAAAAAAUGGCAACCAAUAAAUUUCAGCGUAAAAAAGAAAAUCAAAUAUAGUUUUGUACUGGUUGAAUAUAUGUUGUACAUUAGUACUAAAUCUGACAAACUGGUUGAUGUAUAUGAUAAGUAAACAAUAUCGUAACUUGUAUUCUUUGUGAAAUAUGCAAACUGUCAUGUGACAUCAGAAAAAUGACCGUCUUUAGACUCUUCUGUCCGUAGCCGUUCCGUAGGAAAAUACGCCUCAAAAAAGAAGAAUUUCAAUUCAAAGCUUACAUUCUGUUACGCAAGUAAAUUUGCCAUUAUAAAUGUGACCGUGGGUUCUCUUCGUGCUGGAGCGUCAGCUGUUCCUGACAAACCUGUAUAUUACCUUGUAAAUUAAUGUUCAAAAGUAGACUUGUUCUUCUAGAAAUGUGUUUAUUGACGGGUUGCUUAUAGCACUUUAAAUUAUUUUGAAAGCAAAUGAAAGCCAAAGGACUGGCUGUUAUAGGCUUAGAUAUUACGUUCUUUCAAAUCAAACUCAACUGCUUUGGUAAUAAAGGGAAGAUGUUUCAUCAAUUCCGCUGAACAUGAAACAAAACCGGGCGUCCUCUGUUUUCCCAACGUGUAUAGCUAUAAUCCUGUUAGUACUAGUAUGUAGAAUAAAUGUUUACAAAAGAUGUAAAUAAAUAUAUUAGGUACAGCAUUUGCCUCCCUUUGGUCUUCCACAGCACUAUUAAUGUUUUUGUGGGUUUAAGACUAUUUACUAAUCCUGUAACGGAUUUUAAGUACUAUAAGGUCAUAGUGAUAUAAUUAUAAAUAUAUGUAUAAAUAUAUAUAGAGAGAAAAUAAAAAAAAUAAAUACAUGUAAAAUAA